AUGUAUUUCAGAGUCCAAGUGCCCGUUCCCCCUGUCCUCACAGAAGACAUGUGGGCCUUAUGGCACUUCGCAAUAAGUGCAAGGUCAUGCAAAGCCCCAAAUUUAGAAGGUGAAGCCAUGGUUGCGCAUCGACAAUCUUUUGUUGUUCCCAACAUACAAAGUAAAAACGAAGCCAGGCAGGUGACAGUCUUCAAGACUCCACGAAAAAAGGCAACCGUCAUGACUUAUGCCCUGCGAGUGACGCGACAGGCAGAGUCUGUGGUCAAUCAGCAUUUCCAGCGGUUCCCGCCCUCUAAGUCCGAGAUCAAGGAAGCAGUGGCAAGCGAGGCAUCGGACAGUGGCGAGGCCAGCAGCUCUGGCACUGCGGACUCGAACGGCUCCAAUGGAAAGGCGCAGCCUGCCAAGAAGAAAUUCAAGGCGGCUGCCAACUCAGCAUCAAAUUUCUCUGCAGAGCAGGUCAAAGGACGGUGGAGGAGUGUGUGCGAGCGGCGGGGCAAACCUGCGAUGGCAGAUAUCAAUGCGGCGAGGGAGGCAUUGCCGAUCGUCAAGCACAGGGAGGAGAUCCUGGAGGCGGUGCACAGGAACCAGGUCGUGCUGGUGUGCGGCGAGACGGGCAGCGGCAAGACUACACAGCUCCCGCAGUUCAUCCUGGACGACUGCUGGAGCCGAGGCCAAGCCUGCAAGGUCAUAUGCACACAGCCCCGGCGACUGUCGGCGAUCUCCAUCGCUGAGCGCGUUGCUGCAGAGAGGGGCGAGGCCGUCGGGGACAAUGUGGGGUACACCAUUCGGCUGGAAGCCAAGGGCGGGCCAAAGUCGUCUUUGAUCUUCUGCACAAAUGGCAUUUUGCUGAGGAUCGCAACAAAGGGUGGUGACAUGGAUGACUUCACGCAUGUCAUCUUGGAUGAGAUCCAUGAACGAGAUGCCUUUGCGGACUUCCUGCUCAUCACGCUGCGUGACAUCCUGCCUGCACACCCCAAACUGAAACUGGUGCUGAUGUCAGCUACCCUCCAGCAUGAGCUGUUCUCAGAGUACUUUGGUGGCUGUCCCAUUUUGCAUGUGGAGGGCCGCACCUUCCCUGUUGAGGACUUUUACUUGGAAGAUAUUUUGAGGCUGACAGGAUAUGAGGAGGAGGUCACAAAUGGGAAAGUGGCGAUGGGGAUCAAGAAGCAGCCAUUUUCGACUGCAGCACAGCGGGCUGCUGUGGAAGAGGCUGUGCGAUUGGCCUUCACGAGUGGAAGUGAUGAAGACUUUGACAAUAUGAUGGAGGUUACAGGUGCACGUGGAGAGGGCAUUCUGGUGAACAUGCAGCACUCCAAGACUGGCACAACGGCGCUGCAUGCGGCGGCGGGGCGGGGCCGGAUGGAAGAGGUCCGUCAGCUCCUGCUCAAGGGUGCUGAUGUGGCGAUCAAGUCGGUCAACGGAAUGGAUGCACAGGCGUGGGCACAGCAUUUUGGACACAAAGAGGUGGAGGCGAUCCUCAAGGAGCACGUUGAGGCAGCUGACCAGGCGUACUCCCUGCGCUCCAGCGUCAUGGCCUUGGAUCACUACCAGAGCAACACCAUUGCUGAUGAGGUGGACCUGGAUCUAAUCCAUCGCCUGCUGAUGUACAUCUGCGGCGAGGGGCAGUACAGGCAGGACAGGAAGGACCUGAACAUCCCCAUGGGUGCCGUGCUGGUGUUCAUGCCAGGGUGGGACGAGAUCAUGAGGAUGAAGUCGCGCCUGGAGAACGAUGUGUUUGGAAAGGGCAGAUACCAGAUCCUAGCCCUGCAUUCAAUGAUUCCCCCCGCUGAGCAGCGCCGCGUCUUCCUGCGGCCCCCGCCUGGUGUCCGCAAGCUCAUCUUGGCCACCAACAUCGCUGAGUCGGCGGUCACGAUCGACGACGUGGUCAUGGUCAUCAACUCGGGCCGCCUCAAGGAGAAAAGCUACGACCCCUACACGGCGGUGUCCACGCUGCAGAGCUCCUGGUCCUCGAAGGCCAGCGAGCGGCAGCGGCGGGGGCGGGCAGGGAGGUGUCAGGAGGGCGUGGCAUUUCACCUGUACAGCCGUGCAAGGAGCAGCAGACUGCCGGAGUUCCAGGAACCUGAGCUGAAGCGGUGCCCGCUGGAGGAGCUGUGCCUGCAGGUGAAGAUGCUUGACAUGCCUGGCAGCCGCGCCCAGUCCAUCGCCAAGUUCCUGGCCCGCGCCCCAUCGCCCCCAGUCCCGAAGGCUGUGGAGCACGCUCGCAGCGUGCUGCUCGACAUAGGCGCCCUCACAGAGGAUGAAUGCCUGACCACCCUUGGCCGCCAUCUGGCAGCACUUCCACUGCCGCCCCAGCUUGGCAAGCUGUGCCUGUAUGGCAUCCUGUUUAAGUGCCUGGACCCUGUUCUCACAGUGGCAUGCAGCAUGUCUUACAGGGACCCCUGGCUGAACCCCACGGGCGACGGCGAGCGCGCCAUGGCCAAGUCCAUCCGCACCGAUCUGGCGGAUCUGGGCGGUGGCGGCAGCGACCACCUUGCCACCGUCGCGGUCUACGGGCAAUGGCUGCUGGCCAAGCGCACAGGCCGCGAGCGCGAAUUCUGCCGGCAGAAUUUCGUGUCCAACUCCACGCUGAUGAUGAUCCACGGCAUGCGUGAGCAGCUGGCGGGGGAGCUGCACCGCCAGGGGCUGGCGGGGUCCAUAGAGUCAUGCUCUGCGAGGGUUGGGAAGGGGGAGAUCGUGAGAUGCAUUCUAGCAUGCGGAUUGUAUCCCCGGGUUGGUUACUCCGAUUUUGGAAAGCCGGGCGUCAUUUGGACAAGAAAGGGCGAAAAGGCGUUCAUCCACCCUGCAUCCGUGAACACCAAACUGUCUGCUCCCAUGCCCGUGGCAGGGGAGUCGGCCAUCUGCCCUCUGGUUGCGUAUGACGAGCUGACGCGUGGAGAGUCGCGCCUGUACAUCCGGUCCUGCACCGCCCUCCAGCCCCACCCCCUGCCGCUCAUCGCCGGCACCCUGGAACUGCUCGAACCGGAUGAGGAGGAGCAACACGAGCAGCACGGCCGCGAGAGGGGCAAGCACCGCAGGAGAAACACUGUCAUGCUCAUCGACAGGUGGCUGCGCUUCGAGGCGUCCGAGGGCAUGGCCAUGAGUCUGUGCGUCCUGAGGAAGCGGCUGCAACGGGCCUUUGCUCAAAAGGUGAACGCUGCGCGCUCCCCCCUCAGUGCGGAGCUUCAAGACGCGGUCGACUCAGCGGGUCGAUUCAUGAGCGACGCCACCUCGUCUGGGGCCCCAGGGCCCGCUGACGACGCCCCGCCACCGCGCCAGUUCCCGCACCCCAAUCAACCGGCAGGCGCCCCAAACUUCUCGCCCUUCCACGAUCUUCCUGGCCCGGCUCCCGGGCAACGAUCCGAUUGGCAGCCCGAUGGCGGUGAUGUCGAUUGCUCCCGAGGCGGGGCACACAGGGGCGGGCGUUCGAAUCGACGGGCGCGCGGCAGGAUGCGGGGGAAUGAGAAUGAUGCCCAGUGGCAGCAGCGGGAGUGUCAUCAAAGUGGACAGCACGCUGGGGGGCAGCAGCGGGGCGGCGCCGGGCUGAGAGAGGGGCGGAGGAGAGGGGCCCGGGGGCCGCGCAACCACCUGCGAGGCGGGGUUGGCCGAGGGGGCAGGGGGCUCAAUCCCAACGCUGUGUCAUUCAACCCGCACGCCGGGGUGUGA